UGCGACAAGACGGUGGCAGAACCACUUCUCACACCACGUCUCAACCUCGCAGUCAAACGUCACAACCGCACCCAGAUCAAACUACACGCCACGCUGACGUUGGGCGUAAUCCCCUUGUAAUUCCUCGUGAAAAAACCGCCGAAAGUCAGUCUGGACUUUCACGGUGUUCACCACCUCAUACGCGACACCAAAUCCCCUCUAAUACGGCGCAAACCGACCUUCGUCAGCAUAUUGAAAGAAAUCGAGCUCACCAAGAAUCAUCCGAACUUGAAACAUUGCGACGAAGAAUCGCCGAGUUGGAAAGUCAGCAAAGGAUGCCGGAAGACCCCCCUCGGCGGACCUCCACCUCGGCGCAAGUAUAUCUGGAAGUCGAUUCUCCCCUCACGCCAGAACUCACUUCGGAACCUGUACCCGGAAAAGUCAAAGUUCCUCAAAUCGGGUUAUACGAUGGGACCUCGGACACCGAUUCACACCUCGGUCAUUACACUUCGUGGAUGGACCUACAUGGGGCCUCAGACGCACUUCGGU